GGGCUGGAGACUGAUUCCUUUAAAAGAGGACAAGGAAGACUAUGAGAGCAGAACUAGUUGUGACAACCACCGAAAAACAUACAGUUAAACACUUAUUAAGAAGAACACCAACACCAAACCAACAUGAAGAGAAUUCUGUCUAUUGCUUUCAUUGUUGUGGCUCUUUGCCUGGUCUCUGAGGCUGUGCAAGUCCAGGAAGGUGAAUUUUCCUUUUCAUUGGAAUCGGUGAAAGUUCUCCAGCAGCUGGCCAACCAACCUCAAUCACAAAACCCCCGCCUGGCCAAGACAAGCUACUAUUCUGUAUGCACCAAUCCAACCCUGCCACAGGAGUUUGUGCCACUGUGCAUGCAAAAAGGCGCAACAAUGUCCUUUGCUAGACUAGCUUCUGUGCCGGUGGAUGUGUGUGAAAUCUGUGCUUUUGCUGCAUGUACUGGGUGCUAAUCCUGAUCAAUGCCUCCUCAUCUUAUCAUCCUCACCUUCACUUAUUCAAAAUUCACAUAAUUUCAUCAAAAUUCAUCAAAAUUUGUAUAAUAAGUGCUCAUCACUGAACAACUACCCAGUACUAAUAAAUAUUGACCAAAUGAUCAUUGUGAAUGUAAUAGCCUAAAUGACUCAAAAUGUCAGGAGAUUGUUUUUGAACUGUUACUUAAACUUCCCACUUUCAAUUCCCUCAUGUUUUAUUUUGUUACAGCAUAUACAUGUAUUUCAUUUAUUUAAGAAAGGAAUGUCUUUUUAUUUUUCUAUUUCUCAGUUUUGGGGGGAUUUUAUACUCCUGUAUGUGCGAUACUUUAAUAAAUGCUUUCU